UUCAACUUCAACUAUGAACAAGUAACAACCAACAACAACAAAAACAAAGCAGAAAAGAAACUUUUAUCCAUCUCAGGAAUUAACCAAUUCCAGUUCUGAGAAAGGAUGUUUUCUCAAUUAGCAGGGAAAGCCUCUUUUGUCAACUAUCUUCCAAGAUUGACUCAAGCUACUGCUGAUGAUGGAGAACCCACUUCAGGCUACCUGCUUGAUGAAAUUACAAAAAUCACAUUCCAAUCUACAUCAUCUAGUAACCAACUUGUUGAUUAUCUUAUUCAUAGACUUAACAAAUCCACAACGCCUGUUAAAAUCAAGUAAUUUUCUUUUACAGGUUUUAAAGAUCAUCAUCUAUGUCAUUGGCACUGGUCAUGUGAGCUUCAGGCAACAGCUCCGUUUAAAUGAUGGUUCAAUCAAGAAUGCUGUUCUUCAUAGUGGUCCUGCUGAUCCAUUGAUGGGGAAUACCCAGUACAAGGAUGUGCAGAAGUUAGCUCAAGACACUUUGGAACUUCUUUUCAAUUCAGAAGCUAUGAAAGAGGAGGAAAAUGGAGCAAAUGGAUUAGAAACAGGAGAACCUUCGCCUGUUUUCAUGGGCGGUAUGGGAUCCACGGCUAGAGGGGGAGGAAAAUAUGAAGGCUUUGGAAACAGUAUCAAGGAGAGAGAGGGGACUGUUGCAAACAAGAUGCUAGACUACUUUGGACGCCUCAUUCAUCCAACAGAUGAACAAACUAGUGAAGUUAUUAGAGCUGCUUUGCACAGUUCUCCUGGCGAUUAUCAGCCUGUUGCUGUCGCAGGAACACUAGUAGAUCCAGUUUUUACUGCUCCAAUUCCUACAACUAAAGCACCAUUCAUAAAAAAUCACGUUCCGGGCAAGGCGGGUGGGGGUUGGGAAUCUGAUGAAGACGAACAUGAGGAAGAACUCCGAUCUCAAACAUUACCGGAUUACUCAUCAGAAGUUGCCGCUGUUAGCAUGCAUCUUGAUGCUUCUAAUAGUUUCCAAGACUUAAACGAAAAUUCACAGGUAGAUGACUCACACUUUACAGUGCUUAAAGAAAUCACACAGUUCAGUAAGAGAGCAGGUCUGCCAUCCAUAGAUGAACUAGAUGAAAUAUGUGCCAAGUGUACAACUGCUGGUUACCUACAAUUAGUAUCAACUAUACCUAAAGUUUAUUCUGACCUCCAAAAAAGUUCACUUACUGAUGGUACAUUAAGAAUUCUGUUAUUGUGGGAGUGGUUGUAUCAUCAUGAUUAUACAAUUCAGCAGGGACUUGCUAAAGAUGUUCAAGAGAUGCUUGCUGAAAUAGAAAAGGACUCUAAUCUGCCAGCUGCUUGCAAAUCCAAGGCAAAAAAGUUAUCAAUUAUGUACAGUAAAAAUGAAACUCUUGGAAACAGUUCAACAACCUCUCAAAUAACAAGCUAAUAUUUGGAAACUAUUUGUGUGAGUUGUUUGUACCGUACAUGAAUAAAUGUAACACAUUUUCUUUUA